GCAGCAAUUGGAGCAGCACCAUUCCAGCGGCACUUGAAGAAGAAGGAUACUGAGAUCUUUAUCACCAGUCUGUCUGAAAUCGACCGCAUUAUUGAAGAGAAGCGGGCUGAGGAACGUCAUGGAGAGGACUGUCAGGAGCAGGAACUAGUGCAGCAAUUGCUACCGCAGCAGUAUCAAGAGUAUGCUGAUGUCUUCUCCAAGGCAGCCUCUGACGAGUUGCCUCCCCGAAGAGCGAAUGACUACCGCAUUGAACUGGAAGAGGGGAAGACUGGAGAGUCAGCUGUGAGCUACAGCCCCCUGUACAAGCAGACAAAUGAAGAGCUGGAAGCCGCGCGUGAC